UCGUUUGCGACAGAGCACCGGCUCGUAGAGCUGCGUUAUCCGAUGGUUUGUUGUCGGACCAUGUAUAUUUGCAGUUCUUGAGCGUUGAAUCUGAGUUGCAGAAAUGUUGACGGACAUGGGAGGAGAUUAAUUAAUACUCUGUGAUUUGUUUCGAGAAACCGAAAUGAGCACUUAUUCCUUACAGCGGUGUCCGUUUGUAUCAUUGGUGUUCUACAGAUGAUCACGUGAUUACAUUUCUGCUCCGUGAAGAAUUACUUUAGCGAAGGCGAACUUUUUUUUCGUCAUGCGAGUGAAGUGUAUCUGUGAAGGAGGCCAACUUUAACAUUUAAUGUGAAUGACAAUGAUUUAUUCUGUUUACAGAAACAAUCAUAAUUAGGGUGUGAUAACCACUUAAUGGACGAAAGGUACAGAUGUUUUGUGUUACAAUGGUGUUACAUUGAUAUUGGUUGGAGACGUAAUUACUAGACAUGGAAUUGAUCUAGGGGGUCUUAGUGGAAAAUGUCACAGCUGUAGAGUGCACCUGCUCUAGACAUAUCUACGGGCAGUAUAAACUAGUAAUCAGCCGCGGUGGCGCACUACGUCCUUCGCUCGGUUCUGGAAAGUCAACAGAGGACUUUGCCGUACAGGAAUCGCUGAUAGCGCCAAGUUUUCUUACCGUUCAGUACCGCAUAGAGAAGUCUUGUCUGCACUGAGAGCUGUAGCAGCCUCUCGAGCCAUGAGGGAACGCGGGCCACUGGGGCACCGCGUUGUCCUCAUCCUAGUGCUUCUGCCUCCCGUCCUGAUCGCCACUACCCUCGAGAAGGGGAGGCGUGAGCUACCGCACCGCCACGCGGAGUGGCAGCAGCUGUGGUACUCAAACUUCGAGGAGUACCAACGACUCAUGGAGCCCAAUUUUGACAACAACACAAUUAGCAACAUAACGGUGCAGCUGGGCGCCACAGCCUUCUUACACUGUCGCGUCAGAAACCUGGGCGAGCGCACGGUGAGUGCAGAAAUUUCGUGGGUUCGCCGACGAGACUGGCAUAUCCUCACUUCCGGGAUGUUCACGUACACGAACGAUGAGAGAUUUCAAGUUCUGCAUUCAGAGGGCUCUGAGGACUGGACAUUGCAAAUAAAAUACGUGCAAAAGAGAGACAACGGCACGUACGAAUGCCAGAUAUCGACAGGGACAGGGAUCGUGUCCCACUUCGUGGACCUGCACAUCGUGGUGCCUGAAGCAUUCAUACUUGGCAGCGGAGAACAUCACGUAGACGUCGGAAGUGGUAUCAGCUUGGUCUGCAUCAUUGAGAAGAGCCCCACCCCGCCACAGUUCGUGUUUUGGUACCAUAAUGACCGCAUGAUCAACUACGACACGUCACGGGGUGGCAUUACCGUCGAGACGGAACCAGGCCCAAAGACGCAGAGUCGACUUACCAUCCGCGACGCUCACGACACCGACUCAGGCAACUACACGUGCAGCGCAUCGAACACGGAGCCAGCGUCCAUCUACGUAUUCGUCUCCGAAGGUGACAAGAUGGCUGCUAUCCUGAGGAGAAAGACGUCUUCCGGUUCUGGCAUCGACGUAAUGCUGUGGUUCGUCAUUUUGCCGCUAGUUGUCAUGGCGACAAGAUAAGUGACGAGUGCUCUGCAAGUGAUAUGAAAAUUUACUUACUCUACACAGUUCUUUAUAUUUAAGUAUAUACAACAUCGAGUGUAGGAGACCUCGCCCCUUUCAUACCCGAUAGUGAACCACGAUUCAUUACGCACUUUGAUUCAUAUUUCUACACGUAGUGUCUGUGGCCCGAAUCCUGAGCUAAAGACGAAUUCGUGAGAAUGCCAAAGUGAAGAUUGUGACCUGGUUCUUACGAAGAUAUCCUCACAGGGGUUCAAAACUCGGAGGCUUAAGGGUUUUCAGUUUGAAGGUACGUGUUCAGCGAUUAAAGCCAAUUAAAAUUAUAACUCACGCAUUCGGCAAAACUCAAAAACAAAUUUACAGGGAAUUUCAGUGAAACUUAAUAUCAGCAGAGAAGCUCCUGAGGGCCUAACGGGCCCUUCGAUGCACCAACAAUAAUAGUACAAGAUAUUUUCGAUUGUUAAACGAGUCGUGUUUCAAAUCAGAGGGAUAGAAUCGUUAAAGGAACUUUCUCAGGAUCGUAACGUUAUUGAGAAUAGAAAUGGCGUGUAUAAGAUUCGUUGAUAGACGUGUUUAAUAACACUCCUUGCACCCUUUCCGUGGAAACUAGUUUCUUUGCCGUGAUGUGAAUGUUACUUGCAAAUGAUGUACAGAAAGUCAUAUCACGCUGGUCAGAGAGAUUGUGCCAUUUGAAAUUGCAGUCCACCCCCCCGUUUAAUGGACUCUCCUAACCUCAUCCGUGACCCUGACCGAGAGACGAAACAGCUGAAUACACGGCCGAACCGAUUUCAACCAAUGCAUUAACUGCAACAAUUCAAUAUUAUCAUAACUUUUUCUCGUUUUUUUGUGCGAAGGGAUUCAUGUGUAGUACUUGAGGUUACAUUUUAAACGACCAGUAGCUUCCCCACGUAAGUCAUUGUCAUUUAUUACAUUGUCUAAAUUACGUUAUUAAAAAUUUUAAAUAUACUGUGGACCUAAAUUAUUUCAUCGCUAGCAUUUCCCUCAAUAGAAAAAUUUUAAUAAAUUUAUCUGUCAAUUACAAUUUGAAGAUUUGUAUCAUUCAACUGUAGCAAAUUUAACCAAAUAUACGAAAUCUUGGCGAAAGUCAUUUCAUUUCCAGAAUCAGUCGUAAAGUUGUACAAAGCGAUUAAGUAACAAUUAUACUUAUUUUAAAGAUGUAUCGGGAGAUAAAUCACAUUUUAUUCUACACUGCCUUUUAACACAUCGUUUCCUAUGUAUGACUGACUGACAUCCACAGAAGGUCGUUUGUCUCAAAUCUUUUUUUUUUCCUAAACGAGCUAUAAUUUUCAGAUUUGAAUGUUGUAUUACGUGUGUAAUGCAAGUAAAAUCCAACAGAGGAAAAUCACGGUAACAUCAUCAAGGGUUCUGAUGAAGCAUGUUUCGCAUCGACGCGCUAUCGAAUUUUAACACGAGGUUAACGUGUGACCUUGUUCGCCAUCAUUAGAUUCUGUAUCCACGUGUGCCUGACGUCUAACUGAGAAAGUUCCGAAGAGCUUGUCAGGGUGAGGAGUAACUGAGUAUAAACAUCUGCCACAUUGACUCGUGAAUAUUUUUUUUUCCCCUCUUUGUACAUAUGAGUUUAAGUAAGGAAUUGUCAUACAGUGGCCCCCGAUAAGAAUCAUCACGCAUUCAGUCAGAACUUUACAAAUUAGCAACGCUCGUGGAGUAAUCACAAGCUGGAAUUCAAGAAAUACAGAAAUGUCUACGUACGAAAACUUAAAAAAGAACUUAUACAUAAGAAGACACCGUGCUGUUUUAAUUAUUUAUUAAUUUAUUUUAAAAAAAACUUAAAAACAAAAUAUCUUCGCCAUUUAGAACUAAUCUUUAUUCUUCUCGUGCACAGAGAAGUCUUGGGAUGAACUUUCCCGCACCGACGGCGAAGCGUGUGGAUAUGACGUCGCCUGUUAACAAUUCUGAGACCCAAAAAACAAAAGAUGAAACUGUGACAACUGGGCAUAUUACCUGUUUUUAGUAAAUAAUGUAAAAUUUUUUUGUUGUUGUCAGCAAACAUUACUGAUAUUGCUUACUUAUUACUUCCAAAUGAACAUUGGUUGCGAAUGUGUGAGAGAGAGUGUGUUCUCAAUGGGUGCUUGUCCACUAUCAUAACCACUGACAAGACAUGAAAUUAUCAAUUUUGGUGGCCUAUUAUUAAAUGUGGGCUACUGUCCGAUCUAAAUCUGUGUCAGGGUAACGUAGGGAAAUUUGGUUGUGAUAAAGAAUUCGGUUUCCAUACGUAGUCGUGGGGGGGUUGGGGGUGACAUCGUGUGUCCAAAAAGCCCGGCCGGCAGAACAGAUUAAGCUCUUUGUCGUUUCUUUAUCUUGGUGUAACUGUGACGUGCGUGAUGUGUAAAUGCCUGAAACAUCAUCGUUAAACAAGGAGCCAGUCGCCUCGUUCCGAUGCAGCGAACGGCGUCAUUUCACGACCUGUCCAACUCACGGUGGGAUAAACCGGGCUGUUUCCAAAGAGAAGACGAAAUUUUAACUGAAUUACACAUGACGUCAUCCCAAAGAUUACAUUUAAUAACUUAACUCCACAAUCAAUGUUUAUCCAAGUAAGUAGAAACUCAUUUUUACAGCUUACAUCCUCCUAACAUAAGAGCCGAUUUCCGCCAAAGCUUGAACUGAACGAGUGGGGUACAGAAAAAGUCAAAAUUUCGUUCUGACGGUCGAGACUCUGGUAGUAAGAAACGCAAAGAAGUCUGUGGUGUUGUCUGGCGGACACUGAGUUUGACAGGAAUCUGACUUCAGUCGCCUUAAAAACGUUUUCGGAUUUGAUUAGCUUUUGAAAGAAAUUAUAUAAAUUUCGUGCUUCUAAAGCGAUUUCCAAAGAUAAUUCUGCAGUAAAUUACUUUUGAACAAAAAAAAAUGUUCCCGUCAGUUUUUACGGGUCAUACGCUAGGCUUUUCUUCUACAUUCAUUCACGUAAGCAAAAUAAAUUCGUUCACGCUGGUGAAAAUUUAGGUUCUCACGGUCGUGGUUUUAAAGAUGGCUGUCUUCUAAGAUUUAGUAGUAGAAGCUUAAGUUGCCACAACAAAAUAGAUAUUAAAAUGGUUCUACGUUUUUAAAUGCUCAAAUAUCAAAUUUUAUUGAAAUCGGUUUUUCAUUUAGGGGAUUUUUCGUGCGUACGUUGGAAGUUGAUAACGCUGUGCGUCACAUUAGAUGCGCAUGGACACGCCUUACUAACCCCCACCACCACAAGACAGCUUUUUCCAACAGAAAUGAGGCGAGCAGAAGACAAUGAAACUUAAUACCAAUAACUAUGAAUGUAUAGCUUCUCAUAUGACACAUUUCGGACUUGGUUUUUGCAGACUAUAAAAAUGAAAGAAAAUUCCAAUUACUGAAGAUUGUCGAUCUCAUCUUUUCCCUUCGUUACAGAUCUGUUACUUCAAGCGUGAAAAUUUGAAUACUUCGUAGUGUUUUUUUUUAGUGAUUACUCGUUCACUUGGGUGUUCUUUGACCCUGAGGCGACUGGCAUUAAAUUAACUAACGUACCCCCGCCAAAUUUUUCAGAUAACAUAACCCCACUUUUUCAUUUAAUUCCUUUCGGCUGUGCUGGAUGCUGAUCUACAAUCAUAUGAAGAGGGAAGGGGUGAUAAAUACUGUAUGCAUUUUGGUGAGAAAUAUCGCAUUCAGUGACAGGCCUUUUCUUAACCCAGGGCGCAUUUGCGGGGGGACAGACAUUGUAGUGUCGUCGACAUUAACAGCCACUUCUGGUUUCCACGUCGACUUCUCAGCCUUGGCGAAGCAACUUCGAGAGGGCCUUCAAGUUUGCUCUGUGCUCAAAAAACGUGAUUGUCUUUUUGCUGCCACUGGAAUGCGUCCCCCGGUUAACAAGCUAAUCAUGGCCGUCACUGAAUCCGAUUGUAUACGUGUGUUUCUUUAUGUACUAUCUCAAAAUUCCACACGCAUUGCACCAUUUUUCCACUAAUUAAGACAUUCAUUGUAUUUUCCCCCAUUUAAACAAUUAUGAAUAAAUGUCUAUAUUUUAUUCACAACGUAAA